AUGGUAAGGCCUGGGGGGGACCCAGCAGCUCCUGCCUUGGCCCUGCUGGCCAAGCAUGCCAUCAUGAUCUGCAACAGGAAGCUGGAGUCCCUCUGCAACAUCCAUGAGAACAUCAGGGUCAAGAGUGGGGCCUGGGAUGAGAGUGGAGUCUUCAUCUACACCACCAGCAACCACAUCAAAUACGCUGUCACCACGGGGGACCACGGCAUCAUCCGCACGCUGGACCUGCCGAUCUACCUGACGCGGGUGCGGGGCAGCAGCGUCUACUGCCUGGACCGGGAGUGCCGCCCCCGGGUGCUCAGCGUCGACCCCACCGAGUUCCGCUUCAAGCUGGCCCUCAUCCACCGCAAGUACGACGAGGUGCUGCACAUGGUGAGGAAUGCCAAGCUGGUUGGGCAGUCCAUCAUUGCCUACCUGCAGAAGAAAGGCUACCCAGAGGUGGCUCUGCACUUCGUCAAGGACGAGAAGACUCGCUUCAGCCUGGCCCUGGAGUGUGGCAACAUCGAGAUUGCUCUGGAGGCAGCCAAGGCUCUGGAUGACAAAAGCUGCUGGGAGAAGCUGGGGGAGGUGGCCCUGCUGCAGGGCAACCACCAGAUGGUGGAGAUGUGCUACCAGCGCACCAAGAGCUUCGACAAGCUCUCCUUCCUCUACCUCCUCACCGGCAACCUGGAGAAGCUGCGCAAGAUGAUGAAGAUUGCCGAGAUCCGCAGGGACAUGAGUGGGCACUACCAGAACGCUCUCUACCUGGGAGAUGUGGCUGAGAGGGUCAGGAUCCUCAAGAACUGUGGCCAGAAGUCCUUGGCCUACCUGACAGCUGCAACCCAUGGCCUGGAUGAGGAGGCUGAGAGCCUGAAGGAAACCUUUGAUCCUGAGAAGGAAACGGUCCCAGACAUUGACCCCAAUGCCAAGCUGCUGCAGCCUCCUGCUCCUGUCAUGCCCCUGGACACCAACUGGCCCCUGCUGACCGUCUCCAAGGGCUUCUUUGAAGGCACCAUUGCCAGCAAAGGCAAAGGAGGAGCCCUGGCUGCCGACAUCGACAUCGACGCCGUGGGCACCGAGGGCUGGGGGGAGGACGCAGAGCUGCACCUGGAUGAAGAUGGCUUUGUGGAUGCUGGAGAAGGCUUUGGAGAGGAAGGCCUGGCCAAGGGGCAGGAGGAAGGAGGGGGCUGGGAGGUGGAAGAAGAUUUGGAUCUUCCCCCUGAGCUGGAUGUGGCUGCUGGCCCUGCAGGAGCAGCAGAGGAUGGAUUCUUUGUGCCACCCACCAAGGGCACCAGCCCAGCUCAGGUGUGGUGCAACAACUCUCAGCUCCCUGUGGACCACAUCCUGGCAGGCUCCUUCGAGACAGCCAUGAGGCUGCUCCAUGACCAGGUGGGGGUGACCAACUUCGGGCCCUACAAGCAGCUCUUCCUGCAGACCUACGCCCGGGGCCGCAGCACCUUCCAGGCCCUGCCCUCCCUGCCUGCCCUCUAUGGCUUCCCUCAGCGCAACUGGAAGGAAGGUGGCCUGAAGGGUGCCCUCCCUGCCGUGGGGCUGAAGCUCAACGACCUGAUCCAGCGCCUGCAGCUCUGCUACCAGCUGACCACCGCCGGCAAGUUCGAGGAGGCCGUGGAGAAGUUCCGCUCCAUCCUGCUCAGUGUGCCCCUGCUGGUGGUGGACAACAAGCAGGAGAUAGCUGAGGCUCAGCAGCUGAUCGCCAUCUGCCGCGAGUACAUCGUGGGGCUCUCCAUGGAGAUCGAGAGGAAGAAGCUGCCCAAGGAGACCCUGGAGCAGCAGAAGAGGAGCUGUGAGAUGGCAGCCUACUUCACCCACUCCAACCUGCAGCCCGUGCACAUGAUCCUGGUGCUGCGCACCGCCCUCAACCUCUUCUUCAAGCUCAAGAACUUCAAGACCGCCGCAGCCUUCGCCCGGCGCCUGCUGGAGCUGGGCCCCAAGCCGGAGGUGGCCCAGCAGACCCGCAAGAUCCUCUCCGCCUGCGAGAAGAACCCCAGCGACAGCCAGCAGCUGAGCUACGACCCCCACAACCCCUUCGACAUCUGCGCCGCCUCCUACCGCCCCAUCUACCGCGGCAAGGCGCUGGAGCGCUGCCCCCUCAGCGGCGCCUGCUACUGCCCCGAGUUCCAGGGGCAGCUCUGCAGGGUCACCACGGUGACAGAGAUCGGGAAGGACGUCCUGGGGCUCAGGAUCAGUCCCCUCCAGUUCCGCUAGGCCUGAGCUGGCCGGGCAGGGAACCUCCCUCAGCUGCCCAGCAGGGUGGGAGCCUUCC